AUCCUGGGGGAAACAGAGGGAAAGAGGGUCUGUGCCAAGGCUGCAGGGCGGCAGGGGAGCGGAGCCUGCGUCCCAGGGAUCUGUUCUGAGGGGAACACCCGGGCUCCAGGGGAGCACACGGUGCGCGGGGGGCUGGGUGCAGCGGCUGGACUUCCAUCCCUCGGGACCCGCUCAUCGAUGCUGUCCCCAGGCACGCUGUCAAACUCCUCAAAGCCAACUAGGUGCCUAAAUAAUUAGGAAUUCUAACAGAGCUGACACAUAAUCCCCUGCAAGGGGCAGCCCCCAGUCUGGGACCCGCUCUGGUUCUUUUCCGGCUGCUUUCCAAGGAAUAUGCUGCUACGUCUUGUAGCACCACAGAUGCCCAUUUUUAGGGGAUGAGAAUCAGAGACAACUAAGGAGAACAGGGAAGGGUUAUGGAAUUUCUUUAGCUGCACUACCAGCAAUGGAGAAGAACUACGGCUCCUUCUUGUGCUUAAGGACUGCCCAGAGCAGCAGAAGAGACUUGGUUUCUGUUCUGUACAGGGGAAGUACAGACCUACUAGUGCAGCUGUGGAAGGCAUGGAUGCGAUGUACCAUGGAAAGAGACAAAACCAGAAAGGUUUGCAAGAUGCUCUUUGGACAAGCAGCAAAAGCAGAGGCUUCCCGAAGUCAGACAGUUCAAGGAGAGGGGAUGAAGGCAGAACUGAGGGAGAAGUGGCAAACCCACACGAGGACACCAGCAGUGCCAAACAGCCCUACCCAUGCAGCUUGUGUUCCUGCCCGUACGAGAUUUUGGUUGAUAGACUGUCGGCAGACGCAAGAAUCUGUUACUUUUGCUUCCCAAGGGUACAGAGAAAUUAUCUGUGUCCCCUACAUGGCCAAAUUUGUGGUGUUUGCCAAAUCUCACGAUCCCAUUGAAGCACGGUUAAGAUGUUUCUGCAUGACGGAUGACAAGGUGGAUAAAACCCUAGAACAACAAGAAAACUUUGCUGAAGUUGCCAGAAGCAGGGACGUAGAGGUAUUAGAAGGAAAACCCAUCUACGUUGACUGCUUUGGCAAUUUGGUGCCACUCACAAAGAGCGGGCAACACCAUAUAUUCAGUUUCUUUGCCUUCAAAGAAAACAGACUUCCUCUGUUUGUUAAGGUCCGAGAUAGCACUCAAGAGCCCUGUGGACGAUUAUCAUUCAUGAAGGAGCCAAAAUCUACCAGAGGCCUCGUUCAUCAAGCCAUAUGUAACUUAAACAUCACUUUACCCAUUUACACAAAGGAAUCAGAUUCAGAUCCAGAACCAGAAGAGGUUGAUGUGACUUCAGAAAAAAAUCAACAGGAUGAUCAGGAAAAGACAGAGGAGAGACUGGCCCAUAUCGCGGAUCACCUUGGAUUCAGCUGGACAGAGCUAGCGCGAGAACUGGACUUCACAGAAGAGCAAAUUCACCAGAUCCGAAUUGAAAAUCCCAAUUCGCUGCAAGACCAGAGCCACGCGCUCCUCAAAUACUGGCUUGAAAGGGAUGGGAAACACGCAACAGAUACAAAUCUGACCCAAUGCCUCACGAAAAUCAACCGCAUGGACAUCGUUCACCUGAUGGAGACCAGCGGCAUAGACCCCGUGCAGGGCCACGGCCCGCGCGCGUACACGGACACGGAGCAGUCCAUGGCACUGGACCACAGUGAAGGGUUCUCUGCACUGCAAGAAGAAGUGCACAGCUCGAGGCACAAGCAAGAACAGCAGAGAGUAUCUAAGGACAGCGAGCCAACCGAACAGCCCCCUCUGGUCUCCGAGGAAGACGUGUCUGUCACUUAUUCCCCGUUCCAGGACAGUACUCCCAGGAGCGAGGCAGAAGUGUCCAUGGCUGAGCUUCUGAGGCAAGCACACAAGGAACAAGUAGAAGCUGAAUUCUCAGGGAAACCCCAAGACGUGCCAGGGAAACCAUCUGCUUCACAGCAGGAAUAUUUCGUCACGAGUCCAGGAACGGAGCAGUCCGUGGGAGCUGGAAAAGCAGCGAGCGGAAAAUCCGCACCCUCGAGCACGGCAAAGGGAGAGGUGCAGGGAGCACCCCUGCAGCCUCUGUCCUCUGCCCAGAGAGGGGACUCCCCCAUCAUCCAAGAGCCCGAGGACCCCCACCUCCACCGGGAGCAGCUCUCUCCAAGGAGAUCUAGUCUUGUGAUAGUGGAGUCAACUGAGGAGCAGGUGGAGAAUUCUGGAAGGGGCUGCGAGGAGGAAUCCUUAGAAAAGGAGUUAGCAGAGGAGUUAGGCGGGCUGGAGCUCAGCUCGGACGAUGACGAGAUGGUCACUACCAGGGUCAUUCGGCGCCGGGUGAUUAUUCAGGCUGAUAGUAUGCCUGAAAUGCCACCAGAAACAGUCACAGAAGAGCAGUACACAGAUGAACACGGCCACACAGUGGUAAAGAAGGUGACUCGGAAGAUCAUCCGGCGAUUUGUUGCUCCAGAUGGCACGGAAAAAGAGGAAGUGGUAAUGCAGGGAACACCUCAAGCCCCCGUCACUGUGGAAGAGGGAGAUGGUUAUUCCAAAGUGGUGAAGCGGGUUGUGCUGAAGAGUGACAGUGAGCACUCAGAGGUGACCCUGUCUGAACCUGCCGUUCUGUCUAGUGCCUCCAAAUUCCAGUCCGAACCAGUGGAGGGCCGGAAAGUCAGCAAAGUCAUAAAGACCACUGUAGUGCAUGGAGAGAGGACGGAGAAACACCUGGGGGAUGCCAGCCUGGCUUCUGAUCUUCCAUCAGCCAAAGAGGACUUCGAAGAGGACAAUACUAAGUAAAGCCAGCACACAGAAGAGGACCGUGAUGAAGGACCGCUAUGGAAAACACGUUCACAUAGAAGAGCUGGAAGACACCCCAGAAGCGCUCCCCAGGGAUGACCUCCAGCAUGACCUCCAGCAGCUUCUUAGGCACUUCUGCCAAGAGGACUGGACGCAGGAGGCCAAGUGAGAAGCUGCCGCCCCGCACAGCACCGCGCGACCCCUCCUGUACGCAGCCGUCACCAUCCCUGGGUAGCGGAGUCAUCACCGAUGCCAGCCACUGCCGCUUCUACCUGUGCGGCCGCAGUGAAUUCAUUUCUCCCCAUCCCAAAUUUCAUUUUGUGCUGGUAUGAUUUUUCACCCUGUAAGCUAAUUUGUGACCAAAGAUAGCAUCCUUCAGGCAGGAUGAUUUAUCCGCCUCGCCGGCACCCUUGCCAGCGUCACCGCUUGUCCCUGUCCCUUCGCUCUGGCGCUCGCUUCCUGACACGGCCCUUGCCAAGCAGACUUCAUCUCCAGGCCUCUUCCACUGACUGUGUACGCGCACCGUACAAAGGAGUUGACGUGUAAACUGUAAAUAGCAGAGUACUUAAACGCACGAGACCGCAGAACACUCUCUGCCCGUUGGCGUCGUGGGUUACGAGGUGUAGUGACCCUGUGGAACGGCACCGGCUCACGGAACGGCACCGCCCGGACUGCAGACGCUGACUAAGCCAGGAGGAAGCGCUGCAGAGCCACCACGUACUAAGACUGACUGUUUAGAGAGCUGGUCUAGGCAAAGGCUGCGAGAGUCAGGCAACAGACAGCUGUUCACGUGAAUCACAGCUGACUGUGGCCAUCAAUAGUGCAGACACCUUUAGCCAGCCGUUUCCAGACAAACAUUUCCAAAAGAACAAGAAAGACAAAUUACCCCACUAGGUAGCCAAGUUGCUAGCAGCUCUAGCUACGGCACGUUCGCGUACGGUAUUAAAGCCUAUAGAUCCGGACCUGUGGCGGGGUGUAUUAAACAAUUCUAACUCCGGUAGUUUCCCGUUUCCAUCACCGCUUAGCCGACCUCACCGACUGACUGGGGGUGCUUCCUGCUGUCCACUGCACUGUAGAUAACUACGGGACAAAGACUUACCCACUAUAAAAGGAGAAUAAUUAAUUCACCGUGUUUUAUCAAGAUUGCCUCUUAGCCGAUAAGACGCAUGCGGCAUUUGAAGGUCAAAACCAAACCCUCCUAGAACCAUGUCAGCUUCUUGGCCCUCUUAGCACUGAGCGAGCAGUUUUUAUCUUCUGAUCAAGUGUUUUUAAAGAACAAGUGCUCACAAUCCUUGGCAGCCGGUUUCUGUUCAUAUUUUGUUAUGUAACUAUAUAUAAUAUAUAUAUAUUUCUAAACCGACCCUCUGAAAACCACGAUAGCAUGUCUGCACUUUUAUUUUCCAAAAGGGGAACAUAGGAUCUGACGUUUUGGGUGUUCUAUACCUUAAUAUUUAACGGAGGGAGCUCUGUAGGGUUUUAGCAUAACAUGCACACACACAAACACACCAACUUAAUGUUUUUAAACAGCUAUUUAAUUUUUUUAGUAGUAGACUCAACACCAGAGUAAAACCAACCCUCUCCUCUAGGAGCAAUCCUUUGUCCCAACUUAUCUGGCCUUCCACAACUAUAGGGUUCUUUGGUUUUGUUUUUUUUAGCGACUCACUCAGUGCUCAGAACAAGGGCACUUCCUCAUUAAGGUAAUGAUGCCAAAAGCAUGGAAACACCUCUGGAGUUCUGGCUUCCUGUGGGCAGAACCACCUGAGGUGCCGUGCUGACACUUUUUGGGCAGGCGAGAAAGGAAACGAAAAGAAAAAAGUGUUUUGGCAGCCAAACCAAAUGAGACCCGCGAUGAAACAUCUCACAGCGCAUUGUGGCUUCCUGGCUGGCUGAGACAGCGCAGGAGGGUCUUCAAGGAUGGGGCUCUCAAGAAAUGCAUUUCUGUUGUGUUAUUUGCGGUGCAGAUGAUGUUCUGUGUAACAGCAUAAUGGUUAUUCACCUCUUAUUUUGAUUUUUUGCUGUGUUAUCAGAGAACUUGAAUACUGUGAGAAGAAGUGAAUUUUAAGUUGACGAAUCAGCAUCUUGUUCCCAUGGUGAUAACACUAAUUGAAUAUAUCUAUGAGGGCAUGUAUUAGUUAAAAAUUAAAAAGAUACAACACUAACAAUACAUAGCUGCAAUGUGUACAAUGGCUGAUUUAACGAAAUAAAAAUGUACAAGUGUUAAAUGUA